GAAGCAAUGACAACUGUUCCCACAACAACUGAAUCAACACCUGCUCCAACAACGACACCUGCACCGACAACAACUGAAGCAACGACGACAACUUUCCCCACAACAACUGAAGCAACGACACUUACUCCAACAACUGCCUCAUCAACGACACCUGCCCCUACAACAACUGAAGCAACAACAACUGUUCCCACAACAACUGAAGCAACACCUGCUCCAGCAACGACAACUGUCCCCACAACAACUGAAGCAACGACACCUACUCCAACCACUGCUUCAACAAUGACACCUACCGCGACAACAACUGAAGCAACAAUGAUUUCUUCCCCAACAAUUGAAGGAACAACAACACCAACUCCAACAACGACAACAGUCCCCACAACAACUGAAGCAAUGACACCUGCUCCAACAGCUACGACAACGACACCUACAACUGCAGAGACGACAUCUACCCCAACAACAACUGAAGCAACAACGACACCUGCUCCAACAACUGAAGCAAUGGCGACAACUGCCCCGACAACAACUGCAGCAACGACGACUGCCCCAACAACAACUGAAGCAACAACGACACCUGCUCAAACAACUCAAGCAACAACGACACCUGCUCCAACAGCUGAAGCAACAACCACACCUGCCCUGACAACAACUGAAGCAAUAAUGACAUCUUCUCCAACACCUGCUCCAACAGCUACGCCAACAACAUCUACUCCAACAACUGCAGCAACGACGACUGCCCCAACAACAACUGAAGCAACGACACCUGCUCAAACUACGACAACUAUCCCCACAAGAACUGAAGCAACGACACCUACUCCAACAACUGCUUCAACAACGACAUCUGCCCCAACAACAACUGAAGAAACAACAACACCUGCUCAAACAACUGAAGCAACAACCACACCUGCCCUGACAACAACUGAAGCAACAACCACACAUGCCCUGACAACAACUGAAGCAGUAACGACAUCUUCUCCAACAACCGAAACAACGACACCUGCCCCGACAACAACUGAAGCAAUGGCGACAACUGCCUCAACAUCAACUGCAGCAAUGACGACUGUCCCGACAACAACUGAAGCAACAAUGACACCUGCUCCAACACCUGCUCCAACAGCUACACCAACGACACCUACUCCAACAACUGCAGAAACAACGACAUCUGCCCCAACAACAACUGAAGAAACAACGACACCUGCUCCACCAACUGAGGCAAUGACACCUGCCCUAACAACUGCGGGAACAACAACAACUAUCUCCACAACAACUGAAGCAACAUCAUCUGCUCCAACAGCUACGGCAACGACAUCUACUCCAACAACUGCAGAAACAACGACAUCUACCCCAACAACAACUGAAGCAACAACCACACCUGCUCAAACAACUCAAGCAACAACGACACCUGCUCCAACAGCUGAAGCAACAACCACACCUUCCCCGACAACAACUAAAGAAACAACACCUGCUCCAACAACGACACCUGCCGCGACAACAACUGAAGCAACAACGACAUCUUCCCCAACAACUGAAGCAACGACACCUACUGCAACAACUGAGGUGACGACACCUUCUCCAACAACUGAGGCAACGACAACUGUUCCCAGAACAACUGCAUCAACAACUGAAGCCACAGCACCUGCUCCAACAACGACAACUGUCACCACAAUAACUAAAGCAACAACGACAUAUCCAACAACUCAGGGAACAACAAGUGUCCUGACAUCAGCAUCAACAACACCUGCCCUGACAACAACUGAAGCAAUGACGACAACUGCCCCGACAACAACUGAAACAACGACAAUUGCCCCGACAACAACUGAAGCAACGACGACACCUGCUCCACCAACUGAGGCAACGACACCUGCUCCAACAACUGCAGGAACAACAAUAAGUAUAUCCACAACAACUGAAGCAACAACGCCUGCUCCAACAGCUAUGACACCUACUCCAACAACUGCAGAAACAACGACAUCUGCCCCAACAACAACAACACCUGCUCAAACAACUGAAGCAGUAACGACAUCUUCUCCAACAACCGAAGUAACGACACCUGCCCCGCCAACAACUAAAGCAAUGGCGACAACUGCCUCGACAAUAACUGCAGCAACGACGACUGCCCCGACAACAACUGAAGCAACAAUGACAGCUGCUCCAACAGCUACGCCAACGACACCUACUCCAACAACUGCAGAAACGUUAUCUGCCCCAACAACAACUGAAGCAAUGACGACAACUGCCCCAACAACAACUGAAGCAACGACGACUGCCCUAACAACAACUGAAGCAACAACG